GCGGGCGGCGUCAGCGAGCACGGGGCGGCGGAGGGAGAGCGAGCGCCGGGCGGGACGGCGAAUGAGCGAGCGAUGAGGCUUGACAAAGUUUGAGAGGCGCACGGCGGCGAGCACGGGGUUAACUGCUUGGAAACGGGACGGCAAAGCCAGCGAGCUGAGAAAGAGCCCCGGGAAAGUUGGCGCAGGGAGAGAGAGAGUUCGGGGCCCUUCUGUUAUGAACUUAUUAAACAAGUAGGGGAACGGGAAACUGAUAACCGAUGACUACUGUAAACAGUGGCAAUGACGAGUUUGACUUUAGGCUGAUAUUUGGUGAAGACGGUCCGCAGCCCGGACUAGGCCCUGCAGAUACAGAGCCUGAUGAUUCGGCAUCAUUUUACAUCUUCAAUGAAGGCAACCAUCAGUCAAAUAUAAUUCAACCAAUAGGUAUUCAUCACCAUGAAACACAGGCAAAUUCUACAAUAUUCUCAUCGCCACACCGGCUGCAGGCCUCAAAUGUCCAAGAGUCAAAGUAUAAUCCAGUAGGUGCUCCAAAAGCAUUUGAAUGUCCGAGUAUUCAGAUCACUUCCAUCUCUCCCAAUUGUCACCAAGGAGUAGGACCUAAUGAAGAAGAAGUGCAUGCAAAUAGCACAGAUAAUGACUAUAUGGAAAGACCAUCCAGGGACCAUCUAUAUCUUCCUCUUGAUCCUUCCUAUUACAGGGAUGCAUCACUAAGCCCAAGUCCUGCUAGCAGCAUUUCUUCCAGGAGUUGGUUUUCAGAUGCUUCAUCUUGUGAAUCUUUUUCUCACGUAUAUGAUGACGUAGACUCUGAGUUGAAUGAAGCUGCUGCUCGCUUUACACUUGGUUCUCCUAGUGGAUCACCUAGAUGUUGUCCAGCAGAUGAGUCAUGGCAUCCAAAUUAUGCAAUUGCAAAUUCACUGUCACCUAGACAAUCACCUUGCCAUUCACCAAGAGCUAGUAUUACUGAUGAAAACUGGCUCAGCCCUCGUCCAACUUCAAGACCAUCAUCCAGGCCCACUUCUCCUUGGGGAAAGCGACGGCAUUCAAGUGCAGAGAUCUGUUAUGCAGGCUCACUUUCACCACAUCAUUCACCUACUCCGUCUCCUGGUCAUUCUCCAAGAGGAAGUGUUACAGAAGAUACAUGGCUUAGUAAUACUGUUCUUCAGGGUGCCUCCAGUCUAAGUCCUGGGCUUGUUCCAUUUCAGUGUUGCCCUCCAGAGGCUGACAUACCUUUAAAAUCAAGGAAGACCUCCCAGGAUCAGGCAGCUACAGUAUCAGGGAAAAUAGAUUUGACUUCAGAAGAUCAAGGAAGCUUAUCGCCUUCAGUUGAAUCUCCAGUAGAUGAUCUUUCUGGUACUGUACAUCCUUUAAAGAAAGAUUUGUCAAGUGAACAGUUUCUUUCUGUUCCCUCACAUUUCACUUGGAACAAACCAAAACCUGGUGGCCAUACACCAAUUUUUCGUACAUCAUCGUUGCCUUCCUUAGAUUGGCCUUUGCCAAGUCAGUAUAUGCAGUAUGAUCUAAAGAUUGAAAUGCAGCCGAAGACCCAUCACAGGGCUCACUAUGAGACAGAAGGGAGUCGAGGAGCAGUGAAGGCAUCUUCUGGAGGACACCCAGUUGUUAAGCUUCAAGGUUACAAUGAAAAGCCAAUCAACUUGCAAAUGUUCAUUGGAACUGCUGAUGAUCGCUAUUUAAGACCACAUGCAUUCUACCAGGUGCACAGGAUCACUGGGAAGACUGUCGCCACUGCUAGUCAGGAGAUUAUAGUUACCAGCACAAAGGUUCUUGAAAUUCCUCUUCUACCUGAAAACAAUAUGACUGCAAGCAUUGACUGUGCAGGAAUUUUGAAACUCCGCAAUUCCGAUAUAGAACUUCGCAAAGGUGAAACUGAUAUUGGCAGAAAAAAUACAAGGGUUCGCCUUGUUUUCCGUGUGCAUAUCCCACAGCCCAAUGGAAAAGUUGUCUCAUUGCAAGCAGCUUCAAUUCCUGUCGAAUGUUCCCAGCGGUCUGCUCAAGAACUCCCUCAGAUUGAAAAGUAUAGCAUCAGUUCCUGUUCUGUCACUGGUGGAGAAGAAAUGAUCAUCAGCGGCUUCAAUUUUCUUCCGGAGUCCAAGGUUAUCUUUCUUGAAAAGGGCCCAGAUGGACGUCCUCAAUGGGAGGUAGAAGGCAAAAUUCUCAGGGAGAAGUUUCAAGGGGUUAAUCUUGUUGUUGAAGUUCCUCCCUACCAUAACAAAAAUGUUACAUCUGCGGUUCAAGUACAGUUUUAUGUUUGCAAUGGCAAGAGAAAAAGGAGUCAAUCCCAGCGCUUCACUUACAUGCCAGUUUUAAUCAAGCGGGAACAUACUGAUGAGAUAGAAUUACCCACUAUUCCUACUCUUCCGUUGUCUGUUGCGCACACUGCUAAUAUAUCUGGUCUACAUCAAGUUGGAUCUCAGCUGCCUUCCUCGGAUAGUGGACACCAUGAAAAUUUGACAUCUGUUUCACAGAGGAACCUUGGACCUCCUCUGCAGCAAACUUACACAUCGAUGAUUUCUUCACCAGUAACAUGUUUGCCACAUCUGCCAACAAGAAGCAUUAGUCCAGGUUCUGAAUGCCCUGUUAUAACUCCCCUGGGGCAUCAGUCUUUCCCAAAACCAGCUCCACCUAUUGGUCCUCCUUACCAGCCUAUGCAAUCUAACAUGAUAUAUAAUGGACAAUCAGGUCUUCCCAUAAAUUCGGUUUCUAGCCAUGUAUAUGAGAGAAUAUCUUAUCAGCCUGAUGUAGCUGGUCCACUUCAAAUUAACAUGGGAUGUCAUCAAAUGCAACAAAUGUACUGUUCUCCAAAUCCAGGCCCAGGUUCAUCACCAUCUCCAACAGCAGCGCAUCCUUUGGGACAUUCAUCACAUUCUGGACAAUCCUCACCACAGCUGCACAAUACAAGUUUAGCCAGCCUUUCAGGACCCCCUCCAUUGACACAUCACAAUGUAUGUAAUCCAUCCCCAUUUUCAACACCAGAGAGAGCUUCGUUGAAUAUUAAACAAGAGCCAGAGGAUAAUGAGCUACCUUUCCAGACUAUUGGACUGCAGGAUAUAACACUUGAUGAUGUGAACGAAAUUAUUGGAAGAGAUAUGUCACAGAUUCCAACGUCUCGUGCAACAGCAGCACACGUGCAGCCACAGUGUGCCUGCCCUGAAGCUUUGGAAAAUGAGAUACCUGAAGGAGUUUAAUGUCAGCUACAAACAGCAUGUAUUUAGUUGUCUUGCUGAUCUUCGUCAGGUUGAUGUCCAACAUCAAUCCCACCCUCAACCCCAACUUAAAAAUUUGCUGUGCUUCCAACAUUGUGGCCUUUUAUAAACUGGAACAGUUGAUCCGUGCAUAGUUCUACAAGGGGUGCUGCAGUUCUAUACUGAAGUUUAACCAUAUGGUGUCAGUCCUGCAUUGUAAUGUUCCAUAAAUGCUGUCUUCUGUUUCCUGCAUUUAACAGCAACAUGAAUAAUAACUCUGAAAAAGCUUAGAGGUGACUUUAAUCUACUGUAGCAACACUUUGAGAGUUUGCUCUUCUUAAGUAGGUUAAUUCAAAUAAUGUGUUGUAUAUGGAUAUUGUACUACAAUUAAGGUAAUUUGAAUCUGCUGUAGUACCUACCUUAAAAUAUUACACAUGUUUUAAGCUAAAAUGGGGUUUAGUGAGGUCUGUGGUUUGGUGUUAAUACAAAUAGAUGGUAAAAGAAUUGCUGCAAAUAGUGACAUCUGCAUUUUGUCAUUCUGAAGGGUGCUUUUUAAGCUUAUAGGUUUCUUAACGAUGAAAACUUCCAGAGAUAAGUAAACCUGCCCAGUGUAGCUAAUAAUCAUGAAACCAUCGUGUAAAAAUGACUUAACAAUUUAUUUGUUAAUAGGAAGCAAAGCCAAAUGUACAAUUGCAUUUGUUUAUAAGCUUAAAUUGGUAUCUUGUAGAUUUAACAGACCAUUCCAUCAUGGAAAUGUGUGGUCAGGAUGGGGAGGGAGGGUGAGGGAAACAACAUUCCAAAUUGAAGGAGUUUUUGCAACUUUGUAGAUGUUCAAAAUAGCACAAAUACAAGCGCCUUACUAAUUUAGCUUUUAGAAGUUGUCAGAAAUAGAAUUAAUGCCUUUUGUAACAGAUGUAUGGAAUAAAUAAUUUUUACUAUGUCACAAUUUAAGUUGAAGCCAUCAAAUACAAGUUAAAAGGCAAAAGUUUGCAGAGGAUUUUAAGUGCUUUGGUCAUUUACAAAAACCCAUGUGACUCACGAAUGUCCACUGGCUAACUUCAUCUGGCAAGUCCCAUGAAAAAGCAGUCGUAUUAGCUGUAUAUGCAAUAUGGAACUGUGGGGGAAAAUAGUUCACUUAAUAGCACUGGUAAUCUGUUUUUAUAUAUAAUUAGGAUUGUUUAGAUCAGCUAUCAGAUAUUCUGGAUUACAUUUUAAGUAAUUAUAGAUGGAGUUAUAAUUCGUGACUUUUGUCUUUGGUAAAGUGGAAAUAAAGUUGAGAAACAAUUGGCAUAAAUUUUAGGUUGUAACAGUGAUAAAACUAUCAGCAUUCUCUGGCUUAGCACCAUAAAACGGACAGCAAAUUAAUUUUCCUUGCAUGUGCAGUUUAAUGUAGAAACAACGUUGCUGUCACUGAUUGAGUGCCCUGCAGGUUGUAUUUCACAGCCUUUACCACUAGACUUGAGGAAAAUUAGUCAAAAUAACAGAAUGGUAUUUAAGCUAUUUUCAAGUGAACUGAAUAAUAUGCUGAAAAUAUUUUGCUUUAAGGUCAAAAUUAGUUUUUAAUGAUUAAGAUAACGAUGGCUUAACAAACUUUCUGGCCCAAAAACUGAAUCUCUCAAAUAAAUAUUUCAAAAUAUUAGUGGAUUUUAAAAUAUUUAUUUUUUAAGAUGUUUAUUUAUAUUUUAGCUUCUAUCAUAAUCAUUUGUGUAAGCUCCAAUCUCUAUUUUUCCAACAGAAAUGUUUAAAGUGUUUGCUAAAAAUUGUAAAAUUGUGUCUUUUCCUUUCUGGUUUGCUGUCUAAGAAAAAGUUUCAAUGUGAUUAGCUAGUCAACCAGCUUGAUGUAAUUAAUUACGGCUGCCAGAUCAUGUUGAACUGAUGCCUUACAGCAAUACCCAUCAGAAAAGGAAAGAAUCCCAUCUACCCCAAAAAACCACUGGAUUAUUUUGUGGACAGUUUUUUUUUGAGAUCAAUAGCAAGUGCCAUUACUUCACCAGUAAGUACAAAAUCUGGGCCCAGUUUUUCUUCUCAGAGAAGUUGUGCAGCAUUCAAAGGACUAGCAUGUGGAAUAGUUGAAGUCCUGUUUGUUCAGCUCCAUAGCAAACUGAAUCAUCACCACAUUAAAAACAAUGCAGUAGUCACUUGUGUAGAAUACCAGUCUUAGAAAACAUUUUUUAAAAUUAAAAUGCAAAUGAAGCAACUCCUCUAUUGGUCUAUUCUGUAUUUGUUCUUUUUAUAAAAUGCACACUGAAGGGCUGUUUUAUAAAAUAAUACAAAUACAGUUUAGAGAAUGAGACAUGAAAUGAUGUAAUGCAGAAAAUGAAACAAAAGUUGCUGUUAUUCUUGUCAGGAUAAUAAAUUUAUUUUUUAGGCUUGGAAUGCUAAGAAAAUCAUGUUCAAUGCAAAGCAAAAAAUUGACACCGCAUGAGGAAUAUUAAAAAAACACAAGUGUUUAAUUUUACUCACCUUCUUAAAAAAAAAUUGAAGGACAAUUUUGAUUACUGUGGGACUCAAAAAGUCCUAUUUGUAAUUAAUAGGGAGUUAUUUGUUUUGAGUUUUUACAUGUUGGGUGUUGAUCUUCUAACUGCCAAAUUGCAAUUUCACAUGUGGAAAAAAUAAUGAAUUAGUUAAUGAAGCAGGAUUAUAUUUUGAUGACUCUGCUCUCAGUUUUAGGAAGCUCUGACCUGAGUAUCUUUUCUUGCACAAUAGUGAAAUGUUUCGUUGUUUUCCUGUCCCAAUGCUGAACCAUUAUGAUAAACAUCAAACUUGGUUUAGUUCACAUUAUAUCUAGCACUUAUUGCAAAAAGUAAUCAAUGAUGACUUGUACUGCUUUCCUGCCUUAGCUUUUGACCUUGAAUAUCAUAGCAUGUGGAGUUUGCAAUGAUUGGCAUACCAUGUGAGUUGUCCUUGCAAAUUCUCUUAAGUGACUUGUGAAGCUGUACUAUACUAGUGUACAGAAGCUCGUAAACUCCCCAGAAAAUCCUAUGCACUGAACCUCCCGUUGCCUUCAAAAUUACCUUGGCGCCUGAAGACGUAGAAAUUCUAGAACUGCUUUUUAAAAAAAUCUAUAGCUGUGGUCAUCCACUUCUAUAUAACUGCUUUGUCAAGGAUUACAUACAAAGGUCUUAAUAAAUUGGCAUUUUGUUGGCUCUUUCUUUAAUAAGUAUGUAGAAAGCAACAACUUCGUGAAUCUUGUUUUUGUUUUAAUUGAUUGUCAUAAAAGCACAGACUUUAGGCUAUGCAAAUUCAGCUUUGUUAACAGCACAGUGGAGUUUUGGCCUGCUGGUAUUUACAAAAGAUAAGCUGAAAUAUAUGGUACCCUCUGCGCUGACUGGAUGUGUUAUUUAAAAAAAACACUCGUAGAACUUUUGGAAAGCUGUAGGGAAAGCCUUAACACUUUAUUCAAAUGCUACAGAAAUCUGUAAAUUUCAAACAACUUUGGUUGUAUUUUAGUAAAAUAAACUACAUUAAGGGUACUGGAUUAUAAUUGUGUUAGUUAUAAAAAGGAUGGAAUUGGGAUUGUAUAAUUUGGAACUGAAACUGGCUUCAGUGCAAUUAUGUUCAUCCUUUGGAAAACAUUACUGUGUCAAUGGAACUGCCAUCCUUUUUUUAACCAAAGAAUAAAACUUUCACUUGCUGGUGUGAACACUUGCUUUAAAACUCUAUUUUUGAUACUCAAAACAGAUGUCAUUCCUAAUGGUCGAUUAUUCAACAAUUGUAUGUUUUGUAGAAGGAACAAAACUACUACAGGCUACGUCAGCUAUUUUGCAGAUGUUUACAGAGCCUUGUAAUUUCAUGUACAUUUUGUAUUUUUAAAUUUUGUAAGGAAUUUUAAGAUUGCUGUGCUGUUGAGAGACGUACAAAUGAAGGAACUUACAUCUAGGCUCUUAAAUCAUAGUGUUUAAAUAAAAUGUAAGAUGUGUAACAUUGAGUGCUUUUAUCAGUUACUUGAAGUUACAGGCAGAAGGUUUUAAUGUUCUUUUUUAAAUGGUUAUUUCACAUAAAAAUAUACAGAUUUGAGAAGAAUACAGCAAACUCCAUCUUAAUUAACAAUCAAAGGCUAUGAUGUCAAGCCAUGUAGUGUAUGGUGGAUGAUGGUGUUCCCUGCUUUUCUCUUGAAGAAGUUGUACCUUAAUAAAUGAAUGGAAUACACAGUGCAAUUCAAGAGGCAGCUCUUAGGCCAUGGGGAAGAG